AACACUUUGAUUGACCUGUUUGGUGAGUUCGACGGACAAAGGAGGAAACACAGGCGCGGAAAAGUGCAGAUGCCUGUUGCUUCUCGCUGUCGAGAGCUCUCAGAGGACAGGAAGUGAUGCUCCGCUGGGUCGUGGUCGCUUUGCUCAUCGGCAUCUGUGCCGGUGCCGAGGAGCACAAGAAAAGGAAAGCGGUGAAAGCCAAGUCCCUAUCAAGAGGAUGGGGGAGAAAUAUUACCUGGGUGAAAGAUUAUGAAGAGGGCCUGUUGAAGAUGGUCAGCAGUAAGAAGCCGCUGAUGGUCAUCCAUCAUCGAGAGGACUGCCCGUACAGCGAAGCACUGAAGAAGGCGUUCGUGGCGGAGAAGUCCAUCCAGAAAAUGGCCAAACUGAACUUCAUCAUGCUCAACUUGGUGGAGGAGACUGAGGACCUGAAUCUGGCCCCCGAUGGCUUCUAUGUUCCUAGAAUUCUCUUCAUUGAUCCAUCCAUGACUGUGCGCCAAAACCUUGUAGGAAAGUACGAUAACCGCCUCUACACGUACGAGCCUGCUGACAUGGAAUUAUUGGCCCAAAACAUGAAGAAAGCCAAAGUCCUGCUGCACGCUGAGCUGUAGCCCGGCUCCCUCUGACGCCUCUGCAGCCUCCAGUCAAACUGGGCUGCUGCUCAGUGGUCAAGUGUUUACAAGCUGCUCAGAGCUCAAUAAAAACUCAGUAAACAAUCA